GAAUAGAAACUGUGCGUUUUGGUGCAAAAUGCGAUGCACAUGAGAACCGUAACUUGCCACAGCGAGUUCUUUCUUUCUUUGAAUAGUUGAAGCAAAUCGCUCCCCGUCGAUCAUCCCCUCACCAUUCACAAAAAUUAUCGCACCGGAUCUAUUGUACAGUUUUCUUAAGCCUAAUUUCACAGUUUUCUUAAAGGGGGAUUUAGGGACUACUAACUCAUGGAAGGAGUUGGGGGUGAUGCUGCCUCUGCGGUGGCGCCUCUUGCCAAGUGGAGAAAUGAUUUUGUGAGGACAUUUCAGUACUAUUUGGAUCGGUCCACCCCUCACCCGGUCCAGCGAUGGCUGGGAACUCUUGCUGCUGCCACGAUUUAUAUGUUGAGGGUUUAUUAUGUUCAGGGAUUUUACAUUAUAUCAUAUGGCCUAGGAAUUUACAUCUUGAAUCUGUUGAUUGGGUUUUUGUCGCCUAAGGUUGAUCCAGAGCUUGAAGUCUUGGAUGGGGCUUCAUUGCCAACGAGAGGCUCGGAUGAGUUCAGGCCAUUUGUUCGACGCCUUCCUGAGUUUAAGUUCUGGUAUUCCAUCACAAAGGCUUUCUGCGUGGCUUUUCUGAUGACCUUCUUUUCUUUAUUUGACGUCCCUGUUUUCUGGCCCAUACUGCUCUGCUAUUGGGUUGUGCUGUUUGUCCUCACAAUGAAGCGCCAAAUCACGCACAUGAUUAAGUAUAGAUAUGUCCCAUUCAGCAUUGGAAAGCAGAGGUAUACGGGGAAGAAGUCUGCUGCAAGUAGCAGUGGCAGAGGCAGAGUGGACUGAAGCUUCGGGACAUCCCCUUUAGGAUGAGGGCAGAAAAAAUGCAGCCUUGCAACUUUGAUUCUCUUGGGUUUUUUUUUUUUGGGUGGAACAAAUGUUUCAUGCCAAGGCCACCUCCAAAGUUCACAUACAUGUUGAAGAGUCGAUUUUGUGUAUGAGCAACUGUUAUUUGCAUGACAGGGGAUUCUCACUUUUUUUUUAACUGUCUUUAUUUCUUCUUCUUCUUUUUUAUUCCUGACAUGCUGUAUUUUCCGAGGAUUUAAAUCUGAAAAAAGAUGAGCCUCAUCUUUUCAGCAUGUUUUUCUUGUACUUUUGAGCCGUCAGAAUGUUGUAUGGGAAGGGCAAUUCCACUAUUAUAUGGUAUCAUAUCCCUUCCUAGAUCCCCUGUUUAAUUUCCCCUGUUUCCUUGUAUUGCUCAGAAUUGUUUUUCUUUAGAAAGGAAUGUAAGCAAGAUGAAGUACCUGUUCACUUCAA